UGAUAUUUUUUUAGGUGCGGGAGAGAGAGAGAUCAUUGGAGCUGUGGCGUCAGUAGCUUCAAUUGGAAUCUUCGGUUUCAGAUGCCAAUGGAUAUUCAAGCUGGAAUCGGGAGCUUAACAUCUCACGGCUUUUGGAGAACAUCACAGAAAUCCACAUCUCCAUAUCCUUGUUCUUCUUUCAAAAUUUUCUGCUCCAAAAAAGGCUCUCGGCAACCUCAAGAAAACGGUGAUAACAGGGGUGAUAAAUUCUCAACUGAUUGGGAUAAGGCAUGGACAAAUUUCAGGAAGCAAAGCAAAAAGUCCAUCUUCUCAAGGUUCUUUCCUGACAAGUAUGUUACCUGGAAUCCUAGACAAUCAAACUAUCCUUUGUCUGAGGAGGUUGAUCCCAUCAAGAGAACAGAGAGGUCAAACCUCAUGUUAUGGACCAGUCCAGGAUUUACUUUAGUAGGGGCCACUAUAAUAGUCGCAUUCCUUUUGCUAUAUACAAUUCUUGCACCAGUUAAGUGAUCUAAUUUUCCCUAAGGAAAAAGCAGUUCAUUUUCUGUAAAAGGAUCAUUGUCAGAAUGAAAUGAGUAUAAAGGGGAGAAAUUUGUAGACCCCUACUUGUAAGUAAAUCUGGAUACUGGUUGUUAUUUAUAGCCAAUUUGCUUUGCCCAUAAGCAUCUGUCUUUC